UAAACUCAAUAGGUGAGUGGAUACCAGUUGUGUGCAAGAGUUAAAAAGAUUCCUCGAUUUCGUAUUACACCAUUGUGAUUUCUGGAUCUCCUUAAACAAAAUUUAUGGAAAAUUUAAUUUGGAUUACUUUGAUGGAUUUUAUUGAUUACUUACGUACCACAACAACAAGCAGUUAGUUUCGUUUCGUGUGUGUAGUGAAUAAUCUCAUGGAUUGAAGACGUAGGUUCUUUAGACGUUAGUUUCGUUCAAUAAAGGCUAUCCGCCUUGACAACACCGACUAUGGGCUUGAAUGCUCGCGGGGACCGACUUGGUUUAUGCCAAAAUAAAAUUUCAAAUAUGGUGGCUGUCAUGUAAUAAUGUCAUUAGAAUUUGGGUUUCGUCAAUUAAUCUUAGAGACAGACAAGAAUAUAUAAGCCCAUCAGUUGGAUUAUGUUUGUACCUCUGUGCUUAAAGGAAAACGAAAGUUGAAAGGGAAAAUCAAGAAAAUAAAACUAGAUCCAGAAUUGGUGUUAAUAAGAGUGGGUGUCACAUAUUUGUUACCUAUAGAAAAUUAUCUACUGUGUUCCAGAAUCCACGAUGAAAUUAGUAUUUUGUGUGUUUUUGGUUUAUUGGAAUACUGAGGUGUUACAGACUGUUGAGGUGAUUACCCCAGGUAAAGACAUACUCUGGACACUGAUUGAAAGUACUAAAGUCGGUGACGAAACAGAAACAUGUUUUACAUGUGCCGAGCAGGUGACCAUGGCAACAAUUGGUGUUGGUCACUGUAGUAGCUGUUUUGGAAUAUGGAAAGCAACAGCAGAGAGAGACUUUUGCAUGCAUUACGUAGGGCCAGCUUCACUGGAUUAUGAUUUAGUUAAAGAAUAUCGUAUACCAGUCACGUGUAAAAAUGGCUCAAGCUCGGAUACAACCAAUGUUAUAGUCAAAGUAACACCCAAUACACCGCCAUAUUUUACACAACCUUUAUCAGAUACAGUGACUGUCAGUAGUCCACUACAAAAGUUUGAUGUAAUUGACGUAGAUGAUGAUCAGUUGAACUUUUAUCUGUUACCCAACCCUUUUCAAGACAAAUUUAAACUAAAACAAGGCACGAAACAAGCCACGUUGGUACCAACUACAGAUCUAACAGAAGUUUGUGAAGAUGAAAUAGUUUUAAAAGUUAUGGUUUCUGAUAAUUUUAACCCACCAGUAGGACCAGUUACAACUACUGUGGUUCUUAAUAAUGUGUCACCCCAAGUAACCAGUUUAAACCGUGAAAUCCAAUGGGCAGAGAAUCGUAAUUUUUAUCAGUAUUUUAAAGGAACUAAUGUUGGUAGUGCUGGAGGCACGUGUAUCAUAACCUCUGAGCCCGUUAAAUAUGCUGUUGAUAUCAGUACUUUUGGCUGUGGUUCAACAAUAACAGUCAAUCCGUACUUUCAUCAAGCAAAUGGAAAAGGUUAUGAUUAUGAAAUUGAUCCACCAGUAAAUUAUACCAUUGUUUAUCAGAAAGGAAAAUGUCCGUCUAAACCGGUGUGGGUGUAUGUAAGAUGGACAAACGUCAAUGAAAAACCAGUUUUAGAUUUAAACAAGGAUGCAUAUACAGCUCAAGAAGGAAUGAUUGACGUCCUACCGGACUACACACUAAAAGACCCAGAUGCUGGUGAUACACACAGCUAUAAGUUGGUCUCACCCAAAGAUUCUGCUUUUGAAAUUGAUGAACAUACAGGCCGGAUAUAUAGUCUACAAUACUUCUCGGUCACUGCUGAGUCUAUAACUAAAACGUUUCAUGUAGUUGUUACUGAUAAAGCUGGGCUAGAAUCCGAAACUAAAACAGUUGACAUCACCAUUACCGACGCUAAUGAUAAUUUUCCCAUCGUGGCUGACUUCACCACUCAUGCCGAGUACACAGCAUGCGAGGAUCCACUACCGGUUAUUCAAAAACUUAACGCACGGGAUAGCGAUUUUGGAUUGAAUGGGGAGACAGAAUUCGUACCGGUCAAAUCGGCUGUGUUGAGUUUGGAUGCAGCAGGUGUGUUGAAAUUGGUGCAUUCUCCAGAGGAUAAACAGUUCCACUCCAUCAACAUUCAAGCUGUAGAUAAAGGUACCCCGAAGAGAUAUAGUGACAUUAAAGAGUUCUCGGUUAUAGGGACACCAUGCCCGACCACAACCCCACCACUAACCACGACUCUACAACCAUCAACCACUGAACUCACCACAUUACUUGAUACAACGACACCUCCGACAACCACUGAGCCACCAGAAAAUAAUAAAUGGUGGGAAGAUCCUUUGACCUUGUUAGCUGUCAUUUUAACACUUUUACUAGGUUUUAUAAUAUUUGUACUGGCUGCUUGCUGUUUAAUCCGAUGCUGUGGAUGUUGUUCUAAUGGCGGUAAUUCGAUCCAGCCACAAAAAUACCAACCGAAUAAUAUGAGUAGCAAGGCAGCGCAACAGACACCACAGAACCCGGCUAAUGCACCUCAACCUACAGGAACUCGUACUGAUCAAGCAAGUAAAGAUGCUGAUACUGAAAGUGGGUUUUCUGAAGGUGAAGAAUUUUACAUGGAUGAUAGAGGAGAUAGUGGUCAAGUUGUUGGUAGUUCUCAAGCCGAUGCUUACUGGAAAGGACAAGACAAAGCAUUUCCUUCAACAACAAAUUUUUGAAAUUUUCCCACAGAAUCUAUUCGUAUGAUAUAUAUAUCUCACCGUAGUCUAUCUAACCACAUCGCCAUUUAAACUACGCCCGUCCAUAUUGCUCUGGUAAAGCGAAUCCAAAUUUCAAACUUUUGUAAUUUCUUGUAAUUGAGAAUUGAUAUCCCAGAUAGGAGGUACAUGCUAUCCCCCCUAUCAGUCGAGUCAGGUAAUUACAAUUAUUAUACCAGAGCUACGUGGACGUAUAGUCCAGACGACACGCCGUUAACAUGUUAAUUAUCAAGUUCACUAACCCCCUAUUAGCCUAUUGGGUUUCAUUUAGUGCAGUGACAAUAUUGUGUGUGCUAGGUUCCCACUAUCACGAUUCGCGCUACGAUUGAAAUCGAGAUCUUAUUGGUGGAGUAAUCGUGGUGACCCUAUCAGGUCUUAUCAUAUAUUGAGGUCAGUCGUAGCAAUCGUGUUGAUCAUAUCAAAACGUAUCCGAUCGUAUCUGGAGUUCCAGAUCGUGGACCGAAUAGGGACAAUCCUACCGUAACGCAUCGCACGGCAGUGGGAACCAAGCAUUAGUGUAAUUACUAUCGACGCUACAUUAAACCCCACCCAACAAUAUACAGCCAUUUUAAUAAGUUGUGGUCAGCAGUGAGAAGCACUUUAUAAAUUGAAAGGCUGCUGUGACACAGACGACCCUUACACUCUGGUUUAAACACGUUGUGCAUAGUACUUUAAGAUAAUUCAAACCAGCAUCAGCAGUCUAGGGCGACUACGUUACAGUGCAUUAAGAACACCCCCCCCCCACCGAGUGUAAUACCACUAUACACAACUUGAAAUAUAAAGGUGCCGAUAAACCUAGUAUAGUAAUCCCAAAGUUAGGAUGGUUGCCACCCCUCCGAGCCACAAGCUUAUUAUUGCUUCUAGCAGAUACCUUCCAUGUUAUUUGAUUCAACAUACACGAUUUUCCAAAGCUGAUUAUGUUUUAAUUGGCCUAUUAAUUUAGGGCAAGAUAAAGUAUUGAGUUUAGUUUACCUGACGUGUUGUUUCUUUUAGCUAUAUGGCAAGUUACAUAUGGUAAAUCGUUUCAAAAAGAUAUAGACAAGAGUUGGUUUGUUUAUUAACAUAGUUCCAUGUGUUUUUUGAUACCCCUUGGCUGUUGGUUUUGUAUGCCGACGUAAAAUCUUGCACGAAAACAAAUUACCACCCCACGAAACAAAUCAACACAUUAGAAACAAUUAAAUCGAUCUUUUUAUUGUUGACUGAGAAAAUGCCACUGUAAGAAAAUAAAAUGCUACACUUUUGUUGUAAUAAAAAUAAUUCUUUGUUUUACAA